UUCUGUUGUUGCAGCUUGAGAUCUCCAGUCUAGAGAGGAGUCGUUCUGUGAUGGCAGAAGAGCUGGUUCGACUCACCAAUCAAAACGAUGAGAUGGAGGAGAUGGUGAAGGAAAUCCCCAAGUUGAAGGUUCAACUCAAAGAUCUGGAGCAGAGGCACAACACCAUCCUGCAGAUGUACGGAGAAAAGGCAGAAGAGGCAGAGGAACUUAGACUGGACCUUGAAGAUGUGAAAAACAUGUACAAAACCCAGAUUGAUGAACUUCUGAAGAACCAGAAAUAAACAGUUUUUGCUGAACUGUGUUACCUCUGGGACACACAAACAAAUCAGUCGACCAUCUUAGCCACCACACGUACAUUCACAAAAAAGAUAGUGCAGAGAGUUUAAGUUUAAUCAUUUUGUCAAAAGAAAAUGAUUUUAUCUUUUAUUUUAUAUUAAUUAAUUAUCACACUAUAAUUAAGAGGGUAUGCUGGGAUUAUGCAUAACAUAUGAUGUGUUAUUACAUAAUCAGUAUGAAGGGUAGCCAGAGUUUGUGAAUCAGUUUACCAUUUGAAAUCUUUGGGACUUAGCACAAAUUUUGCUUUACACACAGUUUCUCAUGAUUAAAGUUUUAAUAUAGUAUUGUAUUGACAGUUUAGAACUGUAGGAGAUGGUGAAGGUUUUUUGCACUAUACAAAUUCAUCCUUCUUUAUUUUUUAAUGCAUAAUCAGAAUGGUUAAAGAAAUAUAUAAAGAUAUUGUACAGAGAAGUGUAAGUAUUGUUAUUAACUCCUUGCAAAUCACAAAAUGUGGUGUAGACCCGAGAGUAGUCUGUGACUGAAAUCCUGAAGAUUGGAUUUUAAAGCUUAUAAAUAUGUAAAUGAAUAAACAUUUAUUUGGGUGGUGAA